CUCUGAGGGUGCUGAAAGAAGACAUAGCUGUCCACUCUGAGGGUGCUGAAAACAGAGAGAACUGUCCAUGCCGAAGGUGCUGAAGAGACAUCUCUGCCAACAGAGCUGAAAGAACAAAUUACUUUUCAUGGCAUUUGUGCUGAAAGCUCAGAAACCUUGUCCACUUCCAGGGUGCUGAAAAGGCAUCUCUGCUAAUGGUGUUGAAGACACUUUCCAUGGAAAUAGAACUGAAAGCACAAACACUCAUUUAGCUCUCACAGUACUCACAUAAGAGACAGCUUGUUCAGUGUGAGGGUACAUAAAUACAGAAGCCCUAUUCUCUAUCAGCCUGGUCUGUGAAUAGUGCUGAAAACUCAGUCAUUUCAAUGGGACUGAAAGCUGAGACACCCUGCCCACUCUGGGGGUGCUGACAGAAGAACCGUGUCCAUUCUAAGAGUGCUUGGAGCAGUGAAGCUUUGUCCACUUUGUGGGUACAUGAAAUGCAAAACCCUAUGAACUCCGAAGGUGCUGGAAACCCGGAGCUCUGUCCAUUCUGAGGGUAGAAUAGACAGCACUGCGCUCCCUGGAGGUGCUGAAGAGGUGUCCUUGUAAAUAGUGCUGAAAGCUGGAAUAGGGCUGAAGCACAGAAAACAUAUUAACUCUGAGGGUGCUGACACAUGAGAAACCUUGUCUAUUGCGAGGGUGCUGGGAGCAGAGAAGCUUUAAGGAUGCCAACCCCCUAUCCAGUCCCAGGGUGCUAAAAACACAGAGUGCUGCCCAGUCUGAAGGUACUAAAGAGGUGUCCCUGCUUGUGGUUCUGAAUGCACAGGACGUAUGGAGCACCUUCAUGGAAUUAAGACACGGAGACCAAGAUCUGAGAGUUCGGUGUUGUCCUUUCUGAGGAUGGUAAAGCACCGAAAUCCACCUGAAUACUAUCGCCUGUAGCCGGUGCUAAGAGAGUCUUUACUUGGGUCUAGAGAACUUUCAACACCAAAAGGGAGUGAGCGGUAUAGAAGACAAUAGAAGCAGUGACCACGUCCUGAUGAGCGGAGGCAGCAGACUCAGGUAGUCACUGACUGGAGAGAGUACCGGCUGCAGACAGUGCCCUGAGAUCGGCUGCUGAAGGCGCAGACGCACUGACCAGGACCCAUGCUCCCCCAUUUAUUCUGUUCUGAGGUCCCAUCUGACGAUGAAGGGGGUCUCAGGAUCCCCCCACAGUCCAGCAGCAGUAACUUGAAGAAGCAGAUGUCCUUUUCUGCCGGCGGAGAUUCGGAUUCUGCUUUCUCCUUGGACUCCAGCGUCUUCUGCAGCGAUUAUUCCACAGCCCCCCGGGAUCAUUUUACCAUCAAUGUCGGGGGCAGCAGGUUCAUCCUGUCCCUGAAAACCCUGUCCAGCCAUCCACACACCCGCCUGGGUAAGUUGGCCACCUCCGGAGGGGACGAGGUGUAUGACCUGUGCGAUGAUGCCAACCUGAUGGACAAUGAGUAUUUCUUUGACCGGAGCUCCCAGAUGUUUGAGUACAUCAUGAAUUACUAUAAGACUGGGCGCCUGCAUGUCAUGGAGCAGCUGUGUGCAGUGUCUUUCCUCCAGGAGAUCGAGUACUGGGGGAUAGACGAGCUGAGCAUUGACCACUGCUGCAGGGACAGGUACUUCAGGAAGAAACUCAAGACAGAGUCCCUGGAUGUCAAGAAGGAUGAGGAGGAGAUUGAGGCUGAAGAAGAUGACUUCACUGGGGUUGUGUGUGAACACUGGAGACAGAAGCUCUGGGAUGUGUUGGAAAAGCCUGGAUCUUCAGUAGCAGCUAAGACCUUUGGCACAGUGUCUAUGACCUUUGUGGUGGUCUCCAUAGCUAACAUGGUCCUCAUCUCUUCUGAGGCCAACACUGUAGAUCAGCCUCUACUAAACGUACUGGAAUAUGUCUGCGUCUCCUGGUUCACAGUGGAAUUACUGCUCAGGUUUCUAUGUGUAAGAGACAAAUUUGGUUUCAUUAGGAGUGUAGUGAACAUCAUAGACCUUAUUGCCAUCCUACCCUUCUACAUUACUUUGGUGGUGGAGACCUGGUUUGGUGAGAGUACCGAGCUGGAGAACGUGGGGAGGAUCGUGCAAAUCCUGAGGCUCCUGAGAUCACUGAGGAUGCUGAAGCUGGGGAGGCACUCUACAGGUUUAAAGUCUUUAGGAAUGACCAUUGCUCAGUGUUAUGAAGAAGUCGGCCUUCUGCUUCUCUUCCUGUCUGUGGGCAUUUCCAUAUUCUCCGCCCUUGAAUACGCCGUGGAGUGUAACGUCCCCGACACGACUUUCACAAGCGUCCCCAGUGCCUGGUGGUGGGCAACAACCUCCAUGACAACAGUAGGCUACGGAGAUAUCAGACCGGACACCACGUUUGGUAAAAUUGUUGCUUUUUUGUGCAUUUUGUCAGGAAUCUUAGUUUUAGCACUGCCGAUCGCUAUUAUCAAUGACCGAUUUGCUGCUUGUUACUUCACCUUAAAAAUGAAGGAGGCGGCUCUGAGGCAAAGGGAGGCCUUAAAGAAGCUAAUGAAAAACAUAGGCACCGAAUCUGACAUCAAUGUAAAUCUUAGGGACAUUUAUGCUAAAAGCAUCAUGGAAAUGUUACGACUGAAAACCAGAGAAAGGGCGAGCACCAGAAGCAGCGGAGGAGAUGACUUCUGGUAAAUCCGGAUUGUGUCUGGUUUCGUUAUUUGACUUUUCUUGUCUGCAUAACCAUUUUGGUUUUUGUUGUAAUUACAACAUUGGUGGCAGGAUACACUUGGAAGACUCCCGGCAACUCUGUAGCCUGUUACUGUCAUGUUAAUUCAGCUUGAGAAUGAACCAAAAAGACUUGAUUGUUGAAUUAGUUUCCAUAAUGACCAUUAUUUUUCCCGUCAUUGCUAAAGUGAGUGGUAUACAGAAUUGCUGAUCCCAUAGACGUAUAUGGGGCUUCUGGCAAUUCCAUAGACCACUCACUUUAGCAUCUGGCUACAGAGUUUAAAGGAUACACUUUAAAGGAGAACUCCAGCCAAAAUUUACUUAUUUCCUAUUCACAGAAUAAGCAGCUGAUCACGAGGGGUCCGACCACUGGAGUACGCUGCUUCUUUCUUCACUGGAGCCACAAGGACUUUGUAUGGAGAGAUGAUCGAGCACUCCAGUAUAUGGCAUAGGUGAAGUUAGUCUAGCACAGCUCUCCAUCAAUAUAAUUAAAAUGCUGUCAACAAAUCGAUUUGAACAACCUGGUUGCUUUAUUCCAGAAACAGUGCCACCAAUGGGCUGUAUCUGAUCUUGCAGAACGCUGAUAUUUAAGGGGUUAUCCAGCAUUAAAAACGUAUCCCCUAGCCACAAUAUAAGGGAUAAUGGUCUGAUCAUGGCGGAUCUGACCUCUGCAACCCCCACGAUCUCCAGAAGUGCUCCAAUAAGCACUCUGGCCCCAUCUUCUGAGAUGUAUUUGUGUUGGCAAUAACAGUCCUCUCAGUCAGUCACUAGUGUCCCACCUCACAUGGUGAUUGGCUAAGUGGACCGUCACUGCAGAGACCAGGUAGUCUCAGAAAGUGGGGGCCACAGCACUCAGCAGGAAAAGUCGGGCCAAUUCUGGAGAUAGUGGGGGGUCCCAGAGAUCAGACACUCCUAUGGAUAGGGGAUAUGUUUUAGCUGCAAUAUCAGACAAAACUUGUGAACAAUUGUGGCACUGUUCUUAAAAGAGAAUAGCCAUACUUUUUCUCUAAUCCUACAUAGUUAUUUUAAAUAAAAGACACAAUGAUAAAGCUAUGACAUUAUGUAUAAAUAUUUUUAUAUAGGUUUAUCAGUUUCCAAAUAUUCAAAUUAACAUCCUGUUUAUGUGGUGUCUAAGGGGUGGAUGUUAUAAUACACAGUUCAUGACGCCAGGACAAUGUUACUCUCCACGUUCUGAGGAUUGAGAUAGCUCUCCUGGGCCAGGCAUGGGGCAAUGAUUACCACGAUGCAAGUUUACGGAAAAUUAUCUUGUAGCUAAAUCCUUCACAGUACAGAGUUAUGAGGGGGGGGGGGGGGCUGUAGAUGUAGGGUUUCUUCUCCUUAGGCCUCCUCAGACUAGAACUGAACAAGACUAGACUUAGCCUUAGACUCAGACUGAGCAGCUCCUCUGCCCCUACUCUAUGUAGGGGAUAGUUGGGGAGCUCAAAUUGGGGUGUUAGUGUCACCUGGAUCACUCUGCAAAGCUUCCUUAAAGGGGUACUUCAGUAGAAAACUUUUUUUUUAUUUUUAUCAACUGGUGCCAGAAAGUUAAACAGAUUUGUAAAUUUCUUCUAUUAAAAAAAUCUUAAUCCUUCCAGUACUUAUUAGCUGCGGAAUACUACAGAGGAAAUUAUUUUCUUUUCUGAAAACAGAGCUCUCUGCUGACAUCAUGAGCACAGUGCUCUCUGCUGACAUCUCUGUCCAUUUUAAAAACUGUCCAGAGUAGGAAAAAAUCCA